UUCCUUUGUUUGGUGAUUCCUUCCCACCACUGCGGACUGAGAAUCAGAGAUGGCGGUGGCGGCCAAUUCUGCAAGGAAAACCCUCCAAAUAGCUUCAUCUUCAACCAGAACCCUAUUAUGUGCUCGAUCUUCAUCUGCUUCUGCUUCUACUUCACACGCUGCUAAACUCAAUGGGUUUGCUUCUUCUUCUCGAGCUUCUCCCCAGAAGCGCUCACUCUCAUUUUCCUGGUUGCCGGUGCAGUUGGCAGGUGCACAAGUGUCUUUGACUCCAUUGCAUAGUGCUACUGCUUCUGCAUUGUUCACUUCUCUGUUGUCUUUGCACAAUAACAAGUGGGGUUGUCUUUCAGAAGGUUUUGCAACGCCUCUAUAGCAUGCAAAUGAUAUAUUGCUUUUAGGCCAUCCAGAUAUCAUUGGUGCAAGUUUUGUUUCAAUACUUGUUUCUUGUAGGUACUAUGAUUAAUAAUGUAAUUUGAUUAUUUUUUCUUUAUUUACUGAGACUGUUAAAAUGAAUUGUUGGCCUGUUGACAUUUACAAGUAUUUUUGCUAUAUAGGUUAAACCUUCAA